GCGGAGAGGCGCCGCGGAAGGUUGCUAUGGAGACGGGCUGCUACAAUCGCUCCAAAGGAUUCAUGGUUCCAACCCUGAGGACUGCCCGGGAUUUUGAUCCAGCCCAUGUUUUCCCUUCUCUUUCAGGCUUUAAUUGGCUGUACAUAAAAAGCCGCAUCCUUUGGCCGCCUCGUCAUCCGCUGAAGAAAAAGACUGCCUUUGACGAAAAAAGAAAGAUAUGGAGAAUGACCGGGAUAAAAAAAGUACUUUACUUUCAACUUCAGACACAGAAAUGAAACCUCAACAACUGCCUACUUGUGUGAACCCUGGCAAUCCUGUGUUUUCAUGUAUGUUGGAUCCAAAAACACUCCUUACAGCUACCUCACUAUCAGAGCCUAAGAUGAUUAUGUAUAAAACCAAUUCAAGUACUUAUGGUGAAUGUAUACCUACGCCACAGUUUUUCCCCUGCAUUUAUACUCCAAAAGAGCAAGAAUUUUCAAGGCAUAUCAGAGCUACGGGAUUUUAUCAAAAUAACACUCUAAAUACGGCACCUGACAGAACCAGAACCUAUAAUUUUCAUAAUUUUCAACAUAAUCAAUGAAAAUAUAUUCUUUUGUAUAUUUAACAGAAAAUAUACUCAGAAAAAAAAAUGAGUUUUAAGUCUAAGGCUAGAAUACCUAAUUGGGAAUAUGGAAAGAUUUUAAUUUUAAAAAAUAUUUGUAAGAAAUAAAGUAUUUCAACUGAUAA